GAAUAUGUAGUUCAGAUUACAUUUUUAAGUCCGUCGCACAAUGCAAAAAUGUAGGCAACAUACGAACAGUAUCUCUUCUCUAUUCCUAUUGGUGGAUAUAUUUCGAUUCUCUGUUUCUAUUGCGUGUGCUUUUGUAUUGUGCAAUUAGCCUUCUGUGGAAUUUCCUCCUAUGCAUGUGCAACGAUUUAUCUGAAGAAUGCGUGUUGUCGAUACACGUGUCUUUCUUAAAGUAAUAGCUACAACAAAAGCAUUAUUUGUGAGCAAUAAAUUAGCAAACAUAUCUGAAUAUAUUUAAAGACGUACAUUCUCAAGGGGAAGUCUUCACACAAAAGUGCCUUUUCAUAAUGGACCACCGUGUUUUCUUACGUCGCUUCCAGCCAGGUGAUGAGAUAAGUUGUAAGGAAUUAAUUAAGAAGAGCGUGAUGUCUUCCUUAAAUGCCACGUUUCGUGGAAUGUUGUUCAAGGAAAUCACCUUCCAACUGAUGAUCUUACUCUCUGCUAUAAUGUUUAUUUUCUUUGAAAUGCCACUAACCAUUUGCCUUAUGGUUAUACCUAUAGUUGUGGUAUUAAUAUUUGCUAGCACAUAUAUAGCCUUUAUUUUAAAGCUAGCAGAGAUUAACAAAGAAGUGAAUGAUAUUCCAAGGCUCUACAUGUCGAAUGCCUUCUCAUGCUUCUGGGUCGUUGAAGCAUUAAAGCCUCGCUUAAUAACUCGCUUACCAUCUCGCUUAAUAACAAGACAGCCUAAAGAAGAUCGUUAUACUAUAAUGGUGGAACAUCCGGAUUACCGAGGCGACAUGAUAACUUCUGUGGAUGCCAAGAUUGUAGGAACUAUUGGCUUGUCCAAAAGUCAUAGAUUAGAUAAAUGUGCGUGGAUAAAGAGACUAUGUGUCCAUAAAGAGUAUCAAAGGAAAGGUAUAGCAUCGUCCUUGCUCAAUACUGCUGUACAAUUUGCGAUUCGAGCAGGAUAUAGUUGUGUUAAUACAGUGACUUCCGAAUAUAUAGAGGGUGGUAAAGAACUGUGCCAAAAGGGAUUUGAAUUGGAUCAGAUGUAUCACAAACCUAUCUUAGGAUCGUAUGUAACUAUAUUAAUGUAUGAAUUUACUUAUCGAAUUAAAUCUAGUGAGGAUGAUUACUUAUCUCAGAUUAAAAAAAAAUUUUUAAUUGAACAAAACUUAUAUUAAUGAUAUAUUAAUUAGGACUUAAAUCUUUUAAAAAAAUAAAUGAGACUGAUUCUAUUAUAUCUUAUACAAAUAUGAAUAUGUUAAUUAGGAUAAUAAGUUUCUUGUAAAAAUAGAUGAGACUAAUCAGACUGAUCAGACAUUUAAUUACCUCAGUAGUCAACUUUGUAUCGAAUAUUUUUAAGUUACUUAUGAUAUAUUAGUAGUUAAAAAUCAACCGUUGUCAUGUUAAAAAUAUUCAAAAAGCGAGAUAUCUGUCUAAUAUGUUAAGCAAAAUGCAAUAGUGAUCCUUACCAUAGACUGAUAUACAUAUUUAGUGUUAUUCAAUUACAGUUUAACCAAAAAAAUAAUAAGCUUUAUUUUUUAUGACAUACACAUAUGUGUAUUAGAUAUUCCAUUGUACAUGUAUUUUUUAUAAAACUUGAAUUCCAAAAAUAGAAAUAAAAUUUUUUUUAUCACAUUUUGUUCUUUAUAGCUUUCUGAUACAUUUGGAUCUCUUUACCUUCCCAAUGUUGAUUCUUUAUUGUUGAUAGGAACCUAGAAUAAAUUUUACUUUGGUUAAAAAAUAAUAGGCUAAAAUACAGAAUGUCUUCCAAUAAAAAAAAGUUUAACGAGGAUUACUUUUCUUGAAUUUCUUGCAAUAUAGUUUUUUCUUUUUCUGUAAUGCCGUUUCGCAAUAUAUCCAAACUCAUCUGUAAUUGCUUUGUAUUUUGUAUUCCAAUCAAAUUGGUGUCCACGUUCGUAUAUUGCAAAGAAUGC